AUGGGUGCCAUGAUCGCUGAGUCUGGGCCGGAAAAAAUUCCCCUUGUUAUAGAAGUUGAGGAAAUCAAGGAUGAAGACCGUCUUCCAGUAUGGAGGAAGGUUUGCUUCGCUAUUGGUGGGGCGCCAUAUCAAAUGACUAACACUGUGAUCAGCUUCUUCCUCAGUAUCUUCCUCCUCGAGGUGGCACAGAUUCCUCCUCUGUACGUCUCCGUCAUCGUGUUCAGCGGGAAGGCAUGGGACGCUGUAACUGACCCCAUCAUAGGAAUCCUGGUCAGUCGCACUAAUACAAGGUUCGGCAAGCUCCGCCCAUGGAUACUGUUUUCAACUCCUUUCGGAUGUGCAACCUAUUUUUUCUUGUGGUUUGUUCCUGACCUUAGCGACGAAGGAAAACUGGGUUAUUACUUUGUCUUUUAUUGCUUCUUCCAAGGUUUUCUAACAUGUCUCCACGUGCCGUACACAUCCCUCACCAUGUACAUUACUGGCAGUCAGAAAGAGAGAGACUCGGCUACAGCUUACAGAAUGGUGUCUGAGGCCAUUGGAGUGCUGUUAGCAUCCUUGGUACAGGGACAAAUCAUAGAUAAAUACCGGAUAGCGGGGGAUUGUAAGGACGACAAGGCUACUGCAUCACCAUUACAGCUCGAAAAUCAGAAACUGUCGUACAUAUACGGGUCUGCUGCAAUGAUUGGCAUAUAUCUGUUUUGCUGCUUGACAGUGUUUUUUGGCACGCGUGAAAAACAAGGUAUAGUCACAGAUAAUAAUGAGGGAUUCUGUUCUGGACUAAAGUUGGUGCUUGGCUGUAAAUCAUACGUCCGUUUAUCUUUUGCCUUCCUCUUCAUUUCCCUAGCUAUAGCAGUCGUACAAGGAAAUCUUGCACUAUUUACAACUCAUGCUAUUGGCUUAGGUGACUAUUUCUCCACAUUCAUGGUUAUUCUCUUGGCGACGUCUAUAUUAUCCAUUCCUAUAUGGCAGAAAGUUUUAUUGAGAUUUGGUAAGAAAGCAACAUAUGCAACGGGUAUAAUUAUGUUUAUACCGACUCUACUGUCCCAACUUUAUAUCAAUGACAAUAUCUACGUCUAUUAUGUUAUACUGGUCCUAGCGGGAUUCAGCGUCGCCGUGUCCUUGCUAUUACCAUGGUCGAUGCUUCCUGAUGUCCUCGAUGAAUUUAUGCUGGAGACAGGACAACGAAAGGACGCCAUAUUUUAUUCAUUUUAUGUGUUCUUUAAUAAGUUAGCUGCCGGGUUGGCCCUAGGGAUUUCACAAAUUGUUUUAGAAAUAGGUGGCUACCAGACGGGCGAAUGUCGCCAGCCAGCUUCCGUAGCCCUUGCACUGCGAUUACUCAUCGUCCCCGGUCCUGUCAUCUUCUGUCUCGUUGCUCUCCUCUUUCUCUGGAUGUACCCUAUCAACGAGGAGAGACGGAAGCAAAUCCGCAGCCUGAUAGCAGAAAAGAAGAAGAAAGCAUCCGUACCAAAGAGGAUAGAAAAUUCGCCUCCUCCACCAGAUGAAGUGUUUCUGACUAGUGCUAGUUAUGAUACUAUAGACGAGUAUAGUACUGAAGUUUGA